UCUCCGUCUCGGUGCCCUGGCCCCCACACGCUGGGCAGCCGCCACGGGAGGAGCGGAAACCGCCGGCUGCACCCUCUGAGAGUCGCGCGAGUCCUGAGGAGCCGAGGAGCGGCGGCCACGGUCGGUCCGGGAUUUCCCCCCACCUUCCCCCGAGCUCCCCACGGAGCGGCCCCGCCCCGGCCCCGCCCGAGCUCUCCCCGGGCCUCCCAAGCGGCCCCCCCGCGGCCCGAGCGCGCCCACCUGAGCCGGCCUGCGUCCACCUCAGCCCCCGGGCCGACACCAUGGCGGAGCAGGAGAGCUUGGAGUUCGGCAAGGCGGACUUCGUGCUGAUGGACGCCGUCACCAUGCCGGAGUUCAUGGCCAACCUCCGGCUCAGAUUUGAAAAAGGGCGUAUCUAUACAUUCAUUGGAGAAGUUGUUGUCUCUGUGAAUCCUUACAAGUUGUUGAACAUCUAUGGGAGGGACACAAUUGAGCAGUAUAAAGGUCGUGAGCUGUAUGAGAGACCUCCACAUCUUUUUGCUAUUGCUGAUGCUGCUUACAAGGCCAUGAAGAGGCGAUCAAAAGACACCUGCAUUAUGAUAUCAGGGGAAAGUGGAGCUGGUAAAACAGAAGCCAGUAAGUACAUUAUGCAGUAUAUUGCGGCCAUCACCAACCCAAGCCAGAGAGCAGAGGUUGAAAGAGUGAAGAACAUGUUGCUUAAGUCCAACUGUGUGCUGGAGGCAUUUGGAAAUGCAAAAACCAAUCGUAAUGACAACUCAAGCAGGUUUGGAAAAUACAUGGAUAUCAACUUUGACUUUAAGGGAGAUCCUAUUGGUGGACAUAUCAAUAACUACUUAUUGGAGAAGUCUCGAGUGAUUGUUCAACAGCCUGGAGAAAGAAGCUUUCAUUCUUUCUAUCAGCUGCUCCAGGGGGCUUCAGAGCAGACCCUGCGCUCUCUACAUCUCCAGAAAUCCCUUUCAUCCUACAACUAUAUUCAUGCUGGAGCUCAACUAAAGUCUUCUAUCAAUGAUGCUGCAGAAUUCAAAGUAGUCGCUGAUGCCAUGAAAGUAAUUGGCUUCAAACCUGAGGAGAUUCAAACUGUGUAUAAAAUUCUAGCUGCUAUUCUUCACUUGGGAAAUUUAAAAUUUAUGGUAGACGGUGACACGCCCCUUAUUGAGAAUGGCAAGGUUGUGUCUAUAAUAGCAGAAUUGCUAUCUACUAAGACAGACAUGGUUGAGAAAGCCCUUCUUUACCGGACUGUGGCUACAGGCCGUGACAUCAUCGACAAGCAGCACACGGAGCAAGAAGCUAGCUAUGGCAGAGAUGCCUUUGCUAAGGCAAUCUAUGAGCGCCUUUUUUGUUGGAUCGUCACUCGCAUCAAUGACAUUAUCGAGGUCAAGAACUAUGACACCACAAUCCAUGGAAAAAACACUGUUAUUGGUGUCUUGGAUAUCUAUGGCUUUGAAAUCUUCGACAACAACAGCUUUGAACAGUUCUGCAUCAAUUACUGUAAUGAGAAACUGCAGCAGCUAUUCAUUCAGCUGGUGUUGAAGCAAGAGCAAGAGGAAUACCAGCGGGAGGGGAUCCCUUGGAAGCACAUUGAUUACUUCAACAACCAAAUCAUUGUGGACCUCGUGGAGCAGCAGCACAAAGGCAUCAUUGCCAUCCUGGAUGAUGCUUGCAUGAAUGUCGGCAAAGUCACUGAUGGAAUGUUUCUAGAAGCCCUUAACAGUAAAUUAGGCAAACAUGGUCAUUUUUCUAGCAGAAAGCUCUGUGCUUCAGACAAAAGCCUGGAGUUUGACCGUGAUUUUCGAAUUCGGCAUUAUGCAGGGGAUGUGGUCUAUUCUGCCAUUGGUUUUAUAGAUAAAAAUAAAGAUACUUUAUUUCAAGAUUUCAAGCGCCUCAUGUAUAACAGUUCAAAUCCUGUGCUGAAGAAUAUGUGGCCUGAAGGCAAACUGAGUAUUACAGAGGUGACCAAGAGACCUCUUACUGCUGCCACCUUGUUUAAGAAUUCUAUGAUUGCUUUAGUAGACAACCUUGCAUCAAAGGAACCAUACUAUGUACGUUGCAUCAAACCCAAUGACAAGAAAUCCCCACAGAUAUUUGACGAUGAACGCUGCCGUCAUCAAGUAGAAUAUCUUGGACUACUGGAAAAUGUGAGAGUGCGACGAGCAGGAUUUGCCUUUCGUCAGACCUAUGAGAAGUUCCUUCACAGGUAUAAGAUGAUCUCUGAAUUCACCUGGCCAAACCAUGACCUUCCUUCAGACAAAGAGGCUGUCAAGAAACUGAUAGAACGAUGUGGUUUUCAAGAUGAUGUAGCUUAUGGAAAGACCAAAAUUUUCAUCAGAACACCUCGCACAUUGUUUACGUUGGAAGAACUCCGGGCCCAGAUGCUUGUAAGGAUUGUCCUCUUCCUACAAAAGGUAUGGCGGGGCACUCUGGCUCGCAUGCGGUACAAGAGGACCAAGGCAGCUCUGACAAUAAUCAGGUACUAUAGGCGCUACAAAGUGAAGUCAUACAUCCAUGAGGUGGCCAGACGUUUCCAGGGGGUCCAGACCAUGAGGGACUAUGGGAAGCAUGUGAAGUGGCCAACUCCUCCAAAAGUUCUGCGCCGCUUUGAGGAGGCCCUCCAGGCAAUUUUUAGUAGGUGGAGAGCAGCCAAGCUUAUCAAGAGUAUCCCUGCUUCAGAUCUGCCCCAGGUCAGGGCAAAGGUUGCUGCCAUGGAAAUGUUGAAAGGUCAACGGUCUGACCUUGGACUCCAAAGAGCCUGGGAGGGCAACUAUCUUGCUUCAAAGCCAGAUACACCUCAGACCUCAGGCACAUUUGUCCCAGUAGCUAAUGAACUGAAACGGAAAGACAAAUACAUGAAUGUCCUCUUUUCCUGUCAUGUCCGUAAGGUAAAUCGGUUUAGUAAGGUGGAAGAUCGAGCAAUUUUUGUCACUGACCGUCAUCUGUAUAAAAUGGACCCCACUAAGCAGUACAAGGUGAUGAAGACUAUCCCUCUAUACAAUUUGACGGGUCUGAGUGUUUCCAAUGGAAAGGACCAACUUGUAGUGUUCCAUACAAAAGACAACAAAGAUCUUAUUGUCUGCCUUUUCAGCAAACAUCCAACACAUGAGAGUCGAAUUGGAGAACUUGUUGGAGUCUUGGUGAAUCAUUUUAAGAGCAGAGACUACCUGCCAUAGUGAAAUUUUUGCCAUCAGCAAACAGAUGGUCUCACAUUAGCUACUCUAACCAUGGAGUUAUCAGCAACUUUGCAAUAUUAAACUCUCAAAGGAUCAAUCUGCCCUCAGCAGCUGUCCAAGCAUUUGCCUGUCUGGAUUCUAAAAACCUCAGUAUAACCCCAAUCUCAAGCAUUAAGAUUUAUUAUUUUUCCUGUUCUAUAUCUGUGAAUGGAAGCCAAUAAGUCAGUGCCAUCUGCUUCUUGUUUCUCUUAAGUAGUAUAUUAAUAUCUGCUUAAUUAAAGGAACACUUACUUAAUUUGAACAUUUGACCUUCUCUAGUGUAGCUUGCUUAAGUUCCCUUAUCUCUCCCUUAAAGCCAUGGGCAGACUCAUAUCAAUAGCAGGCCAUUGGUGGAUGUCUACACUUAGUUAUUGCUGCCUGUAAAGCACAGAUGAAGGACUAGGAGAGAUAAGGCUCCCUGACAAGGGAUGAAGGAAGGAGAGGAAGGAGGCCCCCUCCUAGAAGUCUCAGCUCCUGACCAAUGUGGCUGCCGUGCCACCACCACCCCCCAUAUCCCAGCCAUUCCCUGUGUCUCCCCACUACUCAGUAGAUGUUUCCAUGAUCCUUGACUUGUGUUUCCAAACUGCUUUCCUCAAAUGCCUGGCUACUGGGCACAGUCAUUUAUUCUAACUAAAAAUAAAUAAGUAAACAGAGUUGAAAAUAACUUAGAUUCCCAAGCAUAGAGGAUUGAUUGAUUAAAUUUUGUUGCAUAUCAUUGGAAAUCUUGGGGUCUUUUUCUUUUUUCCAGUGGUUUGUUUUGGGUUUUGUUUGCUUGCUUGCUUUUGUGGUUGUUCUUGUUGUAUCUGUAGCCCAGGCUGAUCUUAAACUUGCAAUCCUCUCACCUCAGCUUUCUGAGGGCUGUGAUUAGACAUUCACUACAACACCCAGCCUGGGCUAUUUAAAAUUAUAAUUUUUGAAGGUGUCUAAUUUUUUUUUUGCAAGUCCAGGGUCUUGAACUCAGGGCCUGGACACUUCCCCUGAGCUUCUUUUUUGCUCAAGGCUAGAACUCUACCACUUGAACCACAGCGCCACUUCUGGCCUUUUC